AUGGGUAUCGAUGUUACAGCAUGGCGAAGAUCCAUUGGGUACUUUAAUUGUACUGGAAUUCCAAGGAAAAGUAAACCUGUGCCUAAUGAUAUCUUUGUUAUGGGCUUAUUAAAGUUGUGCAUGAAGCUCUUAUAUGGAAAGUGUGCUCAAUUUACCAACUAUUUUAAGUUGAUUUUUAUCCUAAUCAUUUUAAUAGUCACUUUGAGCUUGUUAGAUGUUUGUAUCAGUCUGGUGAUUAUCUAUCUAAUCACAACAUUAGCUUUAUUCUAUUCACUUAUUGUCUCAUGCUUACUGCCACUAGGUAUAAAAGCAUGCAUGAGCCCAUUGGAUUAUACCAAUGAGUUAUUAAGAUUUAGAGUUAUGCGAUGUGUUUGUUGUUCUAUCAUGUUUAUCUUAUGGUUUGGUUGUAUCAUAUGUUUUGUACCCAGUACAAUCCAAACACUUUUAGCCAUGUGUGGAGAUAUUGAGCCUAAUCCUGGGCCUGAUAUAGACAACGAUGUUCCAUUAAAAUUUAUGUUUUCAAACAUUAAUAGUAUUGGAGCACGGUACAUGUCCAGAUUUAAUGCACUUAAAGAACGAAUAGAAAUAGGUAACUUUAAAAUUGUUGGUCUAUGUGAAGUUGGGAAUUACUCACAGCAUGAUAUUAAGAACAAAUUUAAUAUUGAUGGUUUUCAUCCACCAAUUUACAUAAAUGAAAAUAGAGGUUUGCU